GGAGAGAGCUGAGGCUGCUUGUUGCCGCCUGAGCCGCCGUCGCGUGCGGACCGGACCGGUCCAGUCCGGUGCAGACCGGUCCGCGCCUGCUAGCGGGGAUGGGGCUGGGCUCGAGCUCCCAGGUCCCCGACGGCGGCGCCGAGGGCUUCCACGUUCACGGGGUUGAUUCAUCACAAACUGGCUGCUUGUCAUUGAUGCAAUUUAGAACUGUGGUGAAAGUUGCUGAUUGCUACUCAAAUUGUGGUUCAAGAAAACUCCCCAGCUCAACAAGGAGGACUGGAACCUUUCUUUGAUUUCAUUAUUGCGAUAGGACACACAAGGCUUAAUAAAGAAAACAAUAUGCUGAAAGAUCUUCUGAAGGCAAAUGCUGAAAAACCAGUGAAGCUGGAGGUGUAUAAUAUCAAAACAAUGAAAAUAAGAGAGGUGGAGGUUAUCCCCAGUAACAUGUGGGGAGGGCAAGGUCUUCUUGGUGCCAGCGUGAGGUUCUGCAGUUUCCAGGGAGCCAAUGAACACGUGUGGCAUGUUUUGGACGUUGAACCUGCAUCUCCUGCAGCUCUAGCUGGUCUGCAGCCGUAUGCCGACUACAUUGUUGGAUCUGAUCAAAUUCUUCAGGAGUCGGAGGAUUUCUUUUCACUGAUUGAAUCCCAUGAGGGGAAGCCACUGAAGCUGAUGGUUUAUAACUCUGAAGCAGACUCCAUUCGAGAGGUAGUUGUGACUCCCAAUGGAGCUUGGGGUGGAGAAGGAAGUUUAGGAUGUGGCAUUGGAUAUGGCUAUUUGCACAGAAUUCCAACACAGUCUAUAAUAGCAAAGAAAAAGCCAGAAAGCAAACCAUCUUCACCCUUAUCAUCGGAAGCCAGAAUUCCUGUAUCAUCUACUAAUGGUUACACAGAGACUCCGUUAUUGGCACCCGCUUCUCAGAGUGAAAGCGCUGAAAUAGUUAUGAACUUGGAUCAGUCCACAGAUCAAGAGAUGGACGGCUAUUCACCAGAAAGCUCGCUUUCUCCUCCUCCUCCUGUCCAGAGAGUUAUGGAUCCAGGAUUUCUAGACAUGUCUGGUAUUCCAUUUCCUGACCUCACUGACUUAACAAAAGUGUCUGAAAUGUCUGCCUCCUUCAGCAUGCCAGCAGCAGACACUUUAAGAGGCACUGAAAAGUUAAUGUCUAACAGUGAAGCUACUACUUAUUUUGAGAAUCCCACAGCUUUGAACCCUGAAGACUUAACCAUGUAUCCUGAAGGUUCAGUUAAGCAGCCUGAGUUGGACCAGCUAAUACCUUCCAUUUCACCCUUACCUUCUCUUGCUCUUCCUAACGAAAUUUCUUCAAAAACAACACUAGGAACUGAUCCAGAUAACCAAGAAACAAAACUACCCCUAAACAGUUUUGAGAGCUCAUUAUCAACAACUACGCUAAAGCCUGAUGAUGAAGGAGGUGAACAGAAAGAGGAAGCUGCACAAGAUCAGUGAAAAGGAUGCUUCUUUUGUUGCCAGACUGUCAAUAGGCUGUAAUGCUACAGCUUGGAAUAUUUUUCUGAUCUCUUGAGAGAAUUACAGCCAUUCUAUUUUGUUAGUGUAGACAAUAUUAUAGAAAUGUGUAAAUUCAUAUGAAAUACCUAUCCUAUUAUAUUCUUCUAUCAUGGUUUGAUGUGUUUUCAGACUUUGUUUGAAUAUUGUUCAAAAUCAACAAAUUAUUCAGUUCUCUUAAAAGGAGAAAAUAUUGCAAAAACUAUUUGGACACGGGUAAAGUUUUAACUUAUUGGAUUAAAGUUUGACUUACUCUUGAAUUACUCUUCAAUGUAUUCUGUGAGGGCAUUCUGCCUGAACAGUGACCUUAAAUGAUGACUUUCCCAGUAUGUUUGAUGGCAUUUUAAAAGAAAAUUAUCUUACAAUUUUGACUUGCUGGAAGAAUUUGCUAAUAGUUUACCUCAGUUUGAUGACUCUUAUGACUUUUAUGGCCUCCAUACCCCAAGAUAACUUUACUCAUACUUAUUACUCUGCCAACUGUUACUUUCUUGCUUUAGCCUUUUCUUUCUCUAUAACAGUUAUUUGCAUCUUUUGCAGGAAAGGAAGUAGUUUAAGUUUUGAAAUUGCAACAUACAGAUAGGACAAAGUCUGUUACUCACUUUAACUCUUCAGUGGAUUAUAUGAUGGUCUCAUAGCUUAAAAAAAUCAAGGAAAGAAUGCUGGUGGUUAUUUGAAAUUAAGUUUAUUAAAGUAAAGAUGAUUUAAAUCAAUUCCAUGUGAAUUUAGGGUGAUUAACCUUAUAAAUGGAGUUGAACAUGUCUUGAUUUCUCUAGCAACAGAGAAAUAGCUUUUAUAGUUAUGCUUUUCUAUUUCCCCAAUUAGUAUUUUUAUAAAAAAAAUCCUUAAGUUCAAGGCACUGGAAUGGAACUCACUCUGCAACACAUCUUUUGCUUCUUAGAGCUUUAUUUUUUGUUUACAUUUGUCUUGAAAUAUUUUCCACCAUAUGAACCUUUGUGUUGCAUGUUUAGUAAGUAACAUGUAACAGUUAAAGAAAUCUGAAGGUUUUUAUAUUCCUCAGGGCAGCAAUUUAACAUGGAAUUUUAAAUUGAUUGGGAAUAACUUCACUAUAGCUGAUACAGUUACUCUGAUGAAAAUCCCCUGCAAACUAACAGAACCAGGUGUAACAUUAGAUAUGUUUUAAGCUAUAAGUUUGUAGUUUUAUUUGGCACAAUAUGGUGUCAAAUUCCCUCUACUCUCACCCUGAUGAUUUUCUGCAUUGUGCCCAAUGGAGAUUAGUGAACAGAAUGACUGACUAGGCUAAAAUACUGCAACAGCAUGGGAUGGAGAGUCGUCUGCGUCACACGCACCUGCCUGUGACAGCUCACCUUCAGCGGAAUGGUGUAGAUGAAGCCAUGAAACAAGGGACAGGUCUUCAGAUGACGUACGGUUAAAAAAAAACUUCUCUUUAAGAUUUCUUAAUCACUAGUCUUAAAAGUACAGUUAGGACUAGUGCAGUUUUAAGAUACAGCACACAACAGCUCAGAAAAGAAUGGCCAAAAUACUUUCUUCUUCCUUAAAAGAACAAAGUAAGCACUAAAUACAGGUGCUGAUUAUUCAGGAAUUAAGAGACUUAAGUCUAGUUUGAUAAAUAGUCUGUAAUAGUUAACUACUAUUUUUUUUUCUCUCUCCUACACUGCUAAAGUACAUUUUCUCUUCUUCCCUUCCUCUAUUGGACACUACAUGUGUGAAUAGCCAAAAACUAAGUACAAAAAAUAUGUAAUUUAAGCUAUCAGUAAGUUUUUAUUCACUCCUGGAGCCAUAUGACUGAGGACAAAUAAGUGUUCUAUGGUGAGAUUUUUUGUUUGUUUAGGACAGUUCUUUAAUAUUACAUCUUUGUCAACGCUGUGUUUUUAAGCUGAUGGCAGCUUAAGUGAUGGUGUAUCCCAGGCACCCUUUGGAAAUUUCAAAGCAGGAAAUGUCCAAAUUCAGAUUUCAAAUGUCACAGUAAUAAACAGCUCAACAUUCA